AUGACUGUCACCAAGGCUUCCACCUGCUGCGGCAAGAGCGCCGAGUGCGUCUGUGCCCAGCAAGCUACCUGCUCCUGCGGCAAGCAGUCUGCCCUCCACUGCACCUGCAGCAAGGCCGCCUCCGAGAAUGCUGUCGCCGGACCUCGCUGCUCGUGCAGAGCCCGCCCCGUUGGAGAAUGCACUUGCGACCGUGCCGCCACAGAGAACACUAAGCCAUCCGGCGAGACCUGCUCCUGCGGAUCUCGUCCCGCAGAUGCCUGCACAUGUGAUAAGGCAGCCACAACCACGUAUGACCGAUCUGAGCACGAGAUCGACUUCACCACCCGCCAGUAA